AGCAUGUGGAGUCUCUUGGGCUUGCUGACCCAGGCGACGGCUGUGAGAGCCUUUUAAGUAGGUUUCCUUCUCGCCCAACGUACCUCGUCACUAUAUCUCCCAGCACUUGCAACUCUCUCAUCACCAACGACCAGAUUGUGUCCGACGUCACUUCUUUGAUUCUUUGACUUUUGUUCUGUGAUACCCCAAAGAGUUUCUUUCCUUUUGCACAAUCUUCACCAUGGCACCAAUCGCCAUCGAGACUCCAAAUGUCAACGAGAACUUCAACGACCACAGAGAUGGUCUCGCCUUGGAGGCAACAUCAGACGCAAUUGAUGAAGUCAACGUGCUCAAGGCAGCUAUACGGGUCAAGAAUGGCACCGCAACGCAAGAAGAAGUCGACAUGUACGAGAAGUCUAAAUUCGAUGAGGAGAAGGAUAAGACGCAGUUCCGUCAAUAUGAAGAAGCCUGCGACCGUGUCAAGACCUUCUACCGCGAACAGCACGAGAAGCAGACCGUCGCAUACAACCUCAAGGCACGCAACGAUUUCCACUCCAAGACUCGUGCCGAGAUGACCAUCUGGCAAGCCAUGGAGAAGCUCGACACCCUCAUCGAUGAAUCAGACCCAGACACCUCCCUCACACAGAUUGAUCAUCUCCUCCAAACUGCCGAAGCUAUGCGUCGUGACGGCAAGCCUAGGUGGAUGCAACUCACCGGCCUCAUCCACGAUCUCGGUAAACUCCUCUUCUUCUACGGCGCUCGAGGGCAAUGGGACGUCGUCGGCGACACCUUCCCAGUAGGCUGCCGCUUCGACGAAUCCAUCAUCUACCCAGGCACGUUCGUCGACAACCCCGACUCCAAAGACCCAAUCUACAGCACAGAAUACGGAAUCUACACUCCGGGCUGUGGCCUCGACAACGUCAUGCUCAGCUGGGGUCAUGACGAAUACCUUUACCACAUCUGCAAAGAUCAGUCGACACUCCCUGCCGAGGCCCUCGCCAUGAUCCGGUACCACUCUUUCUACCCAUGGCACUCCGCCGGUGGAUACAAGUGGAUGAUGGACGAGAAGGACCAGCAGAUGUUCAAGGCGGUCAAGGCUUUUAAUCCUUACGACCUGUACUCCAAGUCAGAUGAUAUGCCAUCUGCUGCGGAGCUAAAGCCUUACUAUAUGGAGCUUAUCAAUACCUACUUCCCACCUCGAGAGCGUGAGACUGAGCGUGUGAUCAAGUGGUGAUUGGUCAUGGAUGGAGACAUGUGAUAUGCAUUUGCGACGGCGUUUUAUUUCAUUAGCGACUUGAUAUAAGCUCCCGGUUCUUUAAAAAAAAAAGGGGUCGAGCCGUUAGGAUGUGACGAAGAUGAUAGUUUUAACAAAAAUCGAUCAUGACUGCAUAUGAUUUUUUG